AUGGCGCCUAAGGCGGCGUCCGGGGCUAAGCCCAAGCCCAAAGCCAAGGACCCCAAGACCAUGCCGCAGCCCAAGGACCAGGUGGGCACAAGGACGGGAUGUCGCCGCUAUCGGUGGGAAAUCCAGGACAGCAACAAACAGUUCUGGACCAAGGGACAUGCUGAGGUCAAGGUGCUGAGUUUGGUCUGCCUGUUAGGGACGACUGCACUGUUCCACUCCGUUGCGGUGCACCCCGUCUUGCGCGUCAUCAUCAUGAUGGAGAUAACUGUCUUCAUCUUCUUCAUUCUUCUCUACUCCUUUGCCAUCAACAGAUACACCUCCUUCAUCCUGUGGCCCGUUACCGAUCUCCUCAACGACCUCAUCACCUGCGCAUUCCUCUUGGGAGCCGUGGUCUACGGUGUGAGAAUCCGGUCAACUCUGCCAAAGUUUUACUUAAUGGGUCUGGUCCUUAUGGUUGCAGCUGGAUUUUUCGCUCUAAUUGACGUAGGUUUGCAAAGAAACUACUUCGUAGGUACGACGGUCAAAAAGGAUGUGGGGGAUGUACCCAAGGGCAAAGCACCUGAACCGCCUAAGAAAGCCUGA